UCCAGGUGGAAUCGAGCGCCAUUUUGUCAAGAACGUUACGGUUCUGAAGUGAAUUUAUGACAAAAGAUAAGAAAUUAGAAAAAAAUCAUUAAGCAUUUGACUGCGUAACAGCGAGCAGCGGAAAGUUGGAAAACGGGUUAAGUCUGAGUACAGCUAACCACGUGAUCAACUGGUAUUUAUUCUAUUUGACGGGCUCUCAGCAAAUGCCAGUGAAGGCAGGCCAAGUGGGGGCGGGAUUUGGCUUGUUUCAGUGACAGUAAAAAUGUAUCAGCUUCCUGUAACCAAGCUGGAAACUAUCAGGAAAUCUAGAAAGAAGGUGAAGAGGAUCCUGUCAGAUAUUGGUCUUGAAUACUGUAAAGCACUAUUGGAGGAAUUUAAAAGUUAUAAUCCAGGGGAUUACUACAUUAAGAACACAUCAUGGAGCGAUUUUUCAAUAUGGCAACCAAGUAAAAAGUCAAAGGCCUACCGAGCAAAACCAUAUUGCUGCAGCCUGUGUGAUUUUUCAACAAAAUUUAUUUCUGCUUACAAGAGUCACAUGCGAUGUACCCAUGAGGAUGAAAUGGAUGUGGAACUGAUGGUUAGCUGUCCUAAUUGUACAUUUAUCUCUCAUCCCAAGAGCAUGAAAAAACAUGUUAAAAUAUUCCAUUCUGAUUCUCGGAAAGUGCACAGUGUUGCUAACCAUGUGAAUACAGAUCAGAUAAGACAGAUCCAACCCAAAAUGUUUCAGGGCAAAAUGUCAAACCUAGUCCAGCCUGUUUAUUUUUGCCGAGUAUGCUCAUACAAAGAUGUAUCAUUGUAUGCCAUAAAGAAACAUGUUUUUCUCUCUCACUUUGGUAAUUUAGUAAAUACUUACAUUGGUCAGGUAGAGGAACAGGUACUACUUUCUGUAUAUAAGUACUUUUGUAAAGGAUGCCAAAUGAAAAUGGUCACCUAUGAUGCCUUACUGUAUCACAUUCUGGAUAGACAUAAGGAAGUGGAAGGUCCGGUAAAAGCUACAGUUGGACAUAUAACAGAGCUGAGACCUAGGCUACACAUUGCUCCUAAGCCUCAGGUGAACAAUGCUUCUCUUCCAGUGCUUCCCAGUGUGGGAUCAGCAGUAUCAUCACCUAAUGCCAUACUAACUGGGCACGUGCUUUCAUGUGUGAAGUCGACUGCAUCGACACCCAAUGUCAGACCAAUUGGACCAGUAUUUUCAUGUGUGAAAUCGCCAGCCAAUAUUACCCCACCUGUACCAUCAACUUCCUGUGUGAGAUCACCUGUAACAGCACCCAUGCAACAGACAGUUAAUUUAUUGACACUUCCUCAAAAUAUUAAGCCAGUAACUUUGGGAUCAUUAAGGCCAAAUAUGAAUUCUUUCCCUUUACCAAACAAUAUAAUUCCAGUAACUGUAUCCACAGCUGGUGGUACUCCAAAACCAGCACAUGUUAACCUUGUGUCUGCUACUUUUCAGGUCACCCAGAAUAACCUCACAAUCCGAGCAGUAGGUCCAGUCCUUCCUCAGGCGUUUUUGAUGCCACAGGGAUUGACCAUGGACCAUACAGUAGGAACCAAUAUUCCAGGAAAUGCCCUUCCAGCUGGUUCACAAACAGUGAGACAUUUGAUCCAGAGCAGCAAACAUGUCAAUGGUGUACCUGCAUACACUCUAACCCCAGUUCAGUUUUCUUUGCCUAUUGCCCCAGGUGAUAUAACGGGUAACAAAGCUGGAGUGAUUUCUACAACACAAGUGCCACUUAAUAUUUCCCAAACAAAUACAAUUACUUCUGGUUCUCAACAACAAACAAAAGGAUCUUCCCCUGAAAUUAUAGUUACAUCUGGAGCAGUGGGACAGAAAUGGAGUGCACGAGUACCUACAGUCGUAGAUUUGACAACACAAAAUACCAAGGCUCAGCAGUGGAAGAGUUGCUCAGUGUGCAGUGCAUUGCUGCCACUGAGUGCUUAUGAUAAUCAUGUUGCGACAGCACACAAAGUUGUGGAAUGUUCUGACAAACCUGAGAAGAUUGUAGCCUGUGCUACUUACCUGCAGAGAGUACGUGCUCACAUAAGUAAGUGUCUUUUCUGUAGAAGCUAUGUGGAUAAAAAUGUGCUAAUUUCCCACUUACUAAUGCAUGGCCUGACUUGUUUAUUCUGCUCUUUGACAUUCCAUGACCUCUCAAAGCUUUCAGAACACGUGAAGGUCUUGCAUGCUGGGCUGAGAUUUGAAGCUGUUGAAAAUGUUAAAGAUGGAGUUUCAACCACCAAUGAAAUAAAUGGUGGCAGUUUUAACUUUACUAUUAAGUUGCCAGAAGCUAAAAUGGGUCCUAAUGACAUUCACUUGACACUUAUUCCAAACAAAAUGUCUUCUCCUCAUGCACCUUUAGUAAUUGAGGUAUGCAGACAAAAAGAAGAAAUUCAUGUAAAAGAUUCUAUAGUAGAAGAGCCUCAACAUUCAAAAUGUCCCUUUUGUUCAAAACACUUCUCAAACUCAAAAUAUGAAAGCCAUUUGCAGGAAGAUCACCACGUAGCAUCCAUGAUUCAUCCACUGCUGAAAAUACCAGCUUUCAAGUGUAUUCACUGUCUUGGUGUGUACACAGAUAGCAUGACAACUUCAACAAUAUCUCUUCAUCUGUUGCGUUGUAGAGGCCUUAAUAAACAGCAAAAUAACACUUUGCAAAAAAGUGGUGUUCAAUCGAAGCGUGAGUUUCCAGAAACUGCCAAAAAGUACAAGAAUGAACUUUCAAAUGGGGAUAAGAGAGAUUUGGCAUUGCCUCCUCCUAAACGAAUAAAGGCUGAUGUGAUGGGAAACACUUAUGAAGUUUCCCCUGCGAUAUUGAAUGACACUGCAAGCACUUCACAUUCUCCACCAUUAUCAGACCCAUCUACAGUCUUGGCGCUGGUACCAAAAGGCUUUGAGGAACGCUCUUAUGAAGAAAGGAAGCUAUUCCUACUUGACUACUUUCACAAGCAACCAUACCCCAGUAAUAAAGAAAUUGAGAUGUUAUCUUCAGUCUUAUGGCUGUGGAAGAGUGAUGUUGCUCUUAUGUUCAGCACUAAACAAAGGCUGUGCUUGAAAGCAAUGAAGUACAAACCAUUUGUGCUUUUGGGAUUCAACAUGACUGAAUUAAGGAAAGUGAAACACAAUCUAAAACUGGGUGAGAUUUGAUUGUGAAAACAGCUGCCAAGGUUUGUACAAACUUGCAUAAGCAGUCUGCAUCAAGCAGAAAUGAUGGCAAGGGUGGUCCACAGAUUUUGUGGCAUAAGCACAUGGAGCCAUCUGUACUCUUGGACAAUCAAAAUAGAAGAGUAAAUGGCAGAUCAUUUUGCUUUUGGUGGGGGGGUGCGGUGUGCCUUUUAUUCCACACUUUAGUUUCCAACAACAAGUAAUAUUAGCCAGAGACCAAGGUGAACCUAUGGAAAUGUCUAACAUGAAUCCUACCUAAAGCCAAAACUAUUGUCAUGUUUAUUUAAAACCACUUAAUAUACUGUCUGGUAACUUGUGGUUUGCAGAAAUAUGUAACCUUAUAUAUAAAAGCAAGAGGAAUUUGUUGGUAUUAUGCAACCGUACAUGAUAGGUUAUUCUGCCAGUAUGUUGCUGCAGGAUGAGAUUAAUGUACAACCUUGUGAUCUUUGCUCAACCACAUUUGCAAAGCAAUCUGUCUGCCUUGCCAUUUAUAUAUUUUUUAACAUGGUUGAUGUGGAAGUCUCCUUCCUCUGGGAAAAUGCAUUGAAGUAUCUGCAUUCAGGAGAGCAAGAAAAAUACAACAACUUUGAUCAUGCUUACUGCAAAGUUGCUUUUGGCAUAGCCUUUGUUGCCUCUUUGCACAAGCAUUGCUUUGCUCAUUUUAUUGUUUCAAAUAAUUAUUAAUGAAGGUUUUAAAUGCCUCUUUCCUUGUUUUAUCUACUUACGGCAGAAUUUGGUAUUUAACCCCUCAAUCACUAAACGUCAGAGCACUCUCACUGCCCCAUAACUAAUAAGAAUUGCAAAUCAUUUAAGCCUCUAAAGUAAUUUCCAAUCACUUGCAUUUUCAUAAAAUAUUUAAUAAAAAUGAGGUUUUACUGCAGAAGGUUUGGGUGUUGAAGUUAUAAUAAAUACGCUGUAAAAAGGACACAUUGUGAAUAAUUGCACCAAUGACUAAAAGGAAUCCUAGGACUGUUCAUUUAAAAAGCAAUUUUUGUUGCUGCAAUUAAAGUAUAAGCUAUUGUUUUCUACCCUCAUCUGUCAAUUCUAAAAUGUUUAAACACAAACAACUUUUUUGUUAAACUGAUUUGAUACCUGCUACUGUAUUGACUCUACUAGGCAAUAACCUAACAAAUAUAUAGGAAUGGAGGAAAUGAAUAACGAAUGAGUGCUGUCUGAUCACUGGACUGCACAUCUGAACAUUUCAAAAAUAGGUUGCUUGUUAUUUAAAUAAUGCUCAGAUGUGACAUUGAUUUUAGUUUUUCAUGCUGAAGAAUUUUACAUAAACUCAGAUCUUGUUUCUAAAUGUUGUCAAAGUUGCAUGUUUUUUCAAUUGAAGGCUGUUUAUUAGAAUAUAAUCUGAAAUGUAUAUCAUUCCUGAAUGCAGAUUUAAGGGCAAGAAAAUGAUGCCUACCAUUGUCAACAGUAAACUGGGUACAUUUUACAGAUAGGAAGGCUCCAUCCAAGCUGGUGUAACAUUAAUUUAAACAAACAACACUCUUGCCCACUACCUUUUUUAAAAAAAAGUUCUUAUCUGAAAUCUUUUCCCCUCUACUCCAGAGUGCCACGUAUGAGUUACACUAAGUGCUGGCUUUCUGUCAGUCUAAAUCUGAGCAGAUUCAUUUGCAGUUUCCUAAUUGUGAAAUUUGUGCUCCUUAUAGAGUCUUAAUAGUGCUUGCAAGGGCACUUUUUUUCAACUAAUAGAAAUUGCACCCAAUAGCAUUCUAUAAAGUUGAGUUUGGAAUGUCACCAAUCACGCGCCCUGCAAAGUUUGCAUUCUUAUAUCAAGAUAUGAAAUUUGAAACUAGUUUUUGAGAAAUACUUAAUAUUUGCUCUUCUGGCUUUGUGUAAUAUGUUUAAAUCAACUACUGAUUUUGCUCAGUUUGAAUUAUAAAUUGCUAAAUCCAACCCAUUUUUGUAGCCUGACAGGCGUUUGAUUCUGAUUGAGAUGUUGCAAAGUUCUGUGUUGUCACUUGAAGCUAGUGACACUUAUCAGCAACAUUGUUAUAUUGAUUACUUCAUUUUUAUGUGAAUACCCUUUAAUUUUCAGAUCAAAGCACUGACUUGCCUCGUUUGCCUUGUCUGGUUCAUUACUCGGGGCUGAUUGUGAAUUGAUUCAAAGCAGUGAAGAUCUUUGCAGCAGCAGACAACUGCUGUUCAUGAGUAAUGCCUAAUGGGAGGAAAAGAAACAAAUUGCAGUACCUGUCGUCUUCAAUUUUUAAAAAAACGCAUCAGGUUUUUUAAGCCAUUUUUAAUUACUAUCUUUACUCUUAAUUUUUUCAUAAUUCUUCGUUCCAAAUAAAUGCCUGCGAUCAUCUAUAAACAAAGAUACAAGAAUUUCAUUUGGCUUAUUUCAUAUACCUUUCUUUCAUGAGCAAAGACUUGAGUUUGGAAAAUAGUUGAGUAAAAUGACGUGUAGUAGAGGCUAUCUGUAUCCAUCAAAUAUCCAUCAAAUGUUGACUGUCUCUACAUAAAUAUUAGAUCAACUCCUUUUGUGCCAAAUCAUUUUUAUUUUUCAAGCCUUACUGACAUUUUGCUUCCUACAACUCUGCUUAGUAAAGAAUAGGGCAUUGAUAAUCCUGGGUGUGAACCUAUGUCCCACUGAGUUUUACCAUAUCUCAUUAAUUGAGUCAAGCUGAAUCAUCAUCACAUCUUGUACUGUGCCACUUUUAGUUUGGGAAGCAUAACUGAGUUUUGUGGAGAAGGCAGGAGAGUAAAAUGAGGUGGUCAGCAAGAUACACAGCAGCUAGAACAUGAGUUAUAUGUUGUGUGGCCUAUAGUCAAGAUGGGGCAUCAGUUGCCAGUUAGGAAAAAUAAAAAAAACAAAGAUGAGCAUAUUUGGUUUGACUAUAAUUGUAUUCUGAUUUAUAAAUGACUUGUUUUCAAAUUGUUCUUAAUCACUAAAGAUUAGUCUACACCAUGAAUAUUGACAGCCUAUUCAAUUAAACAAUAAUUUAAUUCAUUCUUGUAGGUUGAGAGUUUUCAAAGUGAACUAUUUACUUCCUAAAUAGUUGGCUUUUAAUGUACUGUAUAGCCUUGAUAUUGACUCACUUUAGUGCAGUAUCUUUCACAUUUACAUGGCUUUAUAACUUAAUGAUUUUAAUCCUUUAUUCCCUACUUAGCAGUUAAACUCCCCCUGUGUGCUCCCACGCAAUUAAAUUUUUCCCUUUAUGGAAGAGAAAAUUAGUACUUUACAUGAUAGGACAACGGAUUGCUCUUGUUAACAUACCCAUAUUUAAAAUUUAAGUUUGAGCAAAAUUAGAUUUAAAAUCCUUGCAUUAGACUAGUCUGAUAAUGACUUUUUUACUUUGAUAUAUUUAAACACAAGGUAUCCAUAAAGAAUCUAAACAAUGUUAGUCUUUCAGAAUAGCAAAAGCUUUCUUAAAUGUACUUGAGAGGUGGUGAUGCUCAAGGCAGAAUGAUAGAAUUUGUUUCUACGCUGCUUUUAUCGCUUAAUUAAAUAGACGAGUUUUGCAUUUUUAUAAAGGGUGCAUAUUAUUGAGCAUACAUGACGUGUUUUAUUUGUAUGUCCAUUUACAUGCACCUCCAGCAACUGGCUCGUAAUAUAAGAUGGUUAAGCUGUCACUUGUUUUUACUUGUUGGUUGGUUUGCCAUUGUACACCCGAUAUGGUUUGUCCUAGUUUGUUCACAUAGUUGUUGUAUAUUCAGUAUGAAAAGGUGCUUGUGGUCCAUGCAGUUCAGCGUUGUAUUGACAGAUUUUUUUUGUGCAGCUUGUUAGUGAUGUAAUUAUUUGUACAUAGCACUAAAUACGUUUUUAAAGCAUUUUCUCUGUAUUUGUGCAGUGAUUUGUUUUGUAAAAUUACCUUUUCCCAGGGCAGAAGACCUUUUUAUGAAGUACUAUAUUAGGGUUUGGGGUUUUAUGGCCUUUUUAUAUUCAUUCAUUGUGAGUAGUUGAAUUUUGCUUAAGUACAAAAAUAAAAAUAAACACAAAAAAUAAAA